CUGUUCUCUAAUCUAAUCUCAUCUCAGCUUUCCAAACAAAACUAAAAUAUUUAUUAAGUUUCUCAUUACACAACUUAAAACCCCUUGUCUUUCUUGAAAUGUCGGAAGAAUUCGACGAAUCCGAUAUCAUUUUCUCCGACAGUUCCUUUCCGACUCGCCGGCGUGACGACAUGAACGAGAAAGAAAACCGUCCUGUUGGUUUCCGAGAAAACUCCAAAAAUAAACCGAGGCGGAGCAAAACGACGCCGUUACCUUCACCAGCGGCAUUCUCGACUUCUCUACCAGUGAAUAUACCGGGUAAUGUGAUGCGAAGGUACACGGAUGAAGAGGAAUAUUCCGAUGACGGAGGAAGGAACAUGGUUCCGCCGCAUUUGAUUGUCGGACGGAGGAUGGAAGGUUGUCAAAUGGCGUUUUCCGUUUGUACAGGUAACGGAAGGACUCUCAAAGGACGGGAUCUUAGCCGGGUUCGUAAUUCGGUUCUCAGGUUAACCGGAUUUCUGGAGGGUUAAAGUCGUUAACCGGGUAGCCCAAACAAAAAAAAAAAUCGUUAAUAGGAGGAUUUUAUCAAAUUUUCGUCUCUUGUUUUUUUUUUUUUGAGAAAAGGCCUUCUAUUAAAAUUAAAGAAAUAAAACAGUACAGCCCAAUGGGCAGUUCAUUUUGGACCA